AUGACGGAGCCGGGCGCCUCUCCGGAGGACCCCUGGGUCAAGGCAAGCUCCGCGGACGCGCACGCCUGCGAGGGGAGGGCGGGUCGGGCUCGUGCACGUAGGGGGUCCGGAAGACGCGGGGCUCCCCAACUAUCCCCAGAGUCUCCCCUGCUGUCCGGGCCCCGGGGCUGCAGAGAAGACAGCUCUCACCCGGCGUAUGCCAAGGUCGAGUAUGCCUACAGUGACAACAGCCUGGACCCUGGGCUUUUUGUAGAAAGCACCCACAAGGGGAGUGUAGUGUCCAGAGCUAAUAGCAUCGGUUCCACCAGUGCCUCUUCCGUCCCCAACACAGAUGACGAGGACAGUGACUAUCAGCAAGAGUCCUACAAGGAGUCCUACAAAGACCGGAGGCGGCGUGCACACACUCAAGCUGAGCAGAAGAGGAGGGACGCUAUCAAGAGAGGCUACGAUGAUCUGCAGACCAUUGUCCCUACUUGCCAGCAGCAGGAUUUCUCCAUUGGCUCCCAGAAACUCAGCAAAGCCAUCGUUCUACAGAAGACCAUCGACUACAUCCAGUUUUUACACAAGGAGAAGAAAAAGCAGGAGGAGGAAGUAUCCACACUGCGCAAGGAUGUCACAGCCCUGAAGAUAAUGAAAGUGAACUAUGAGCAGAUUGUGAAGGCACAUCAAGACAACCCUCACGAGGGGGAGGACCAGGUCUCUGACCAGGUCAAGUUCAACGUGUUCCAAGGCAUCAUGGACUCACUAUUCCAGUCUUUCAAUGCCUCUAUCUCUGUGGCCAGCUUCCAGGAGCUGUCAGCUUGUGUCUUCAGCUGGAUUGAGGAACACUGUGAGCCACAGACUCUACGAGAAAUUGUGAUUGGAGUCCUACAUCAGUUGAAGAACCAGCUCUACUGAUGGCUUCUGGAAACCUGCAGGGCAGAGGUCUUUGGUCUGUUUGGCUGUGGAACUGCUGGGCCUGAGACUGGACUGCAACACCUCACACCGGUCAGCUGGUUUCUACUUGGUGUUUGGUUUGCCCAGCCCCACUUCAGUGAGGCUGUUCUCUGAAGGCCUCUCAUUAAUUUAUUAUAUUGCCCAGUGUUGGACCCACCCAACUUCCCCCUUCCCAGGAAAAGUGUCUAGAACAAGAGCCUGUUCAGGGACCCUCACAGAAGCCGUGGCCCCUCAGCCCUUUCUCUAGCUGCCGGGUUUAUGCUCACAAUCUCUAUAUAUAAUUUGGAAAUUGUU